AUGGCCCCAAAAGCUGAGGACAUCCACCUGAAUGACUUGUACACCCGCUACCGGCAGAGGCUGCGCAAGUCGCUCUUUACGUCGGGCCUGUUGACAUCAUUGCUGGCAUCUGUGGUGUCGAUAAUAAUUGGCAUCGUUUACGAGCAGCACCUGGUGCAGACGCUCCUGCUGGCAUUGGCGGCCCUUAUCUCCGGCUCCAUACUCACGGCCCUGCAGUUCCCGGCCGUGCUCAGCUCUCCGGCGGCAGCCUUGGCCUUUGCCAUCGUCACCACCUUCUCGCUGGGCACCAUUGCGGCCAUAACCGGGGACGAGCUGGCCCCUUUGCCCAUGUAUGCAUUGUUUCUGUGCAUCCACUCCAUGCUGCCCAUAUCGUGGCCCGUAUCCGUGGUGCUGGCUCUAUUCAUGACCGCCAUCCACAUCGUUUACCGGAUCGGCACCAGCCCGGACUAUGCACCCGAUUUGCCAAUGCUCUUUGGGGAGAUUGUGAUGCUGGCCAGCGCCUCCAUUUCCGGUCUUUACUAUCGCAUCAUGUCGGACGCUGCCCACAAUCGCACGGUGGACGGCACCCGGACGGGCAUCGAGCAGCGCGUAAAGCUCGAGUGCGAGCGGGAGCAGCAGGAGCAGCUGUUGCUCAGCGUGAUACCCGCGUACAUAGCCGCCGAGGUGAAGCGCAGCAUCAUGCUCAAGAUGGCCGAUGCCUGUCAGCGGGCCGGGGGCCAGGCCUCCACGUCGGCCACACGCUUCCACGAGCUGCACGUCCAGCGGCACACCAAUGUGACCAUACUGUUUGCGGAUAUUGUCAACUUUACGCCGCUUUCCAGCUCGCUGACGGCCAGUGAUUUGGUCAAGACCCUCAACGAUCUCUUCGGGCGCUUCGAUCAGAUUGCUCAGGAGAAUCAAUGCUUGCGCAUCAAGAUUCUGGGCGAUUGCUAUUACUGCGUGUCGGGCCUGCCCAUUUCCCGCCCACAGCAUGCAACAAAUUGUGUCAACAUGGGCCUGCAGAUGAUCGAUGCCAUCAGGUGA